AUGUCUCAAAGAUACCCUCCGCUGUCUGGGUUCAACUCCCGUGACCGUUCUCCGCAGCGUUUUGGGGACCGUCGACCCCCGGCAGGACCCCGAGGAUCCGACGAUGCCAACAUUCCUCCCUUGGGCCGAGAGCCACCUCGAGGCCCUAAAGCUUUGAUUGAUCCGCCGCGAGGUGCUACAUUUGCUGGUCGUGGCCGAGGAUACACCGCCCGAGGAGGAGAUUUCCGAGAACGAGAUCGAGACAUUCGAGAUCGCGAACGAGACCGAGACCGAGAUUUUCGCGAUGUCCGUGAUGGCCCGCCACCUUUCCGCCGCGACCUGGAUCGAGAUAGGGACUGGAACCGGCGCGAACGCGAGUUCGACCCUCGAGAACCCCGCAUCGGCUUCGGACGCGGUCGCUCGCGCUCUCCCCCACCGCCUCGCGAUUUUCGAGAUAUAAGAGAGCCUCUGGGCCGAGAUCCUGAUCUUGUCCGCAUGCGGCGCGGCUCCCGAGAUAGUUUGAUAUCGGUUUCCUCGGCAGUGCCUGACGUCCUCCCGGCAGGAAACAGUCACCAUGUUCGGACCGGUCCCCCCAUCCGUGGGCGUGGUCGGGGUGAGUGGGAAGCAGGACGCGGCAGAGGCCGGAUGCCCUAUCUAGAUGAUCGUGACACCUUCAGGCGCAGAAGUCGAUCUCGCGACGGACGCUGGGAUCGGGAACGCGACCGAGACCGGGAACGGGAUCGGGAUCGGGAACGUGAGCGUGAAAGAGAGCGAGAUAGAGAUCGCAUACUCGACCGCGACCGUGAAAGAGAACGUGAACGAGUACCAUUAGACCGCGACCGUGAGAUUGACCGACGAGAUCGAGAAAGAGAUCGUGACAUACUGCAGGAGAGACGAGAAAGAUUUGAGCGACGAGACGACUUGGAACGCCGCGUCGAGCGCGAUGACCGGGAGCGACCGGGGGAUCACUGGAAGCGUGAGCCGCCUGCCAAUCGAUUGGAGAAUCCAAACCGGAUACCGAGCAUAUCUGCCGCCUCACCUGUCGCUACUGCACCCCAACCAACAAUCCCUGCAGUUCCCGAGCGGGUACCUGAGCCCCCCGUCGUCGAGCCGCCACGCAAACCGUCUGGAGGAGAUGUCCGCCGCGAGCCAGAACGAACCGAGCCACCUGCACCACCUCGUGCGGAGCCACCGAAAGAAGCGGUUGUUGCGCCGCCCGUAAAACGGUCCCCUCCCCCGGCUGCGCCCCAGGUUCCCGCAUUUGGUUCGGUUUCGGCACCAAUUCCCGAAAUCACGGCAGACAAAACAACGGCAGAGUCAGCGCCUGCUGCAUCCACUGUUGCCAAAGCCGAAAAGGAACGCCCCGAGGCGCCGCCACGGGCCCCAGGACUUCCACCCACUGCCCCCAAAGCUGAUCGGGCACCUCCUCAGCUGCCUCUCGAACAGCGAAUCCGACGGGAUGAGACCAGACGUGACGACGUAACCGACACAUCGGCGAAGCCCGAACCCAUCGCACGUGUGCCCAAACCGCACGCCGCACCCCCACCCAGUGGACCUAAGGUAGCCGAGCUUUCUCCGCCUACUGCGCCCGCUGCCAUGGUGGCCAAGGAGACAUCGGCCUCCCAUGAGGCAACGUCGCCAAGCAAGCCAGGGCCUGCCCCGAUGACGGUAGAUUUUGGCCGGAGGCCGUCUGCGGCAGGGCGUGCGGUAUCUCCGGGCACCCACACCUCCCCUAGAAUGCCGAAUUCAACGAUCCCAACUGGUCCACGUGCACUUCAGCAGCGACCGUCUGGUUCCCGCGGACCGCCCAAGCCUAACAAGCAAUGGGUUCGUCCUGGAUACAGUCGUCCACCAGCCGGGCCAAGCUCAACACUUCCUGCAAAACGGGACUCUAUUGAUGAAAAAGAGCGCAGUCUUUCGGUCAGCGAAGAGCACCGGCGGGAUUCACGUACUGAUAUCGAUGAUUCAGGCUCAGGGCCAGAGGCAGGAGAAAUAGUCAGUGAAAAGGAUCCGACUGAGCCAAAGCUUGAGCUCCCACCUUCACCUCCACUAGCGGCGCAACCGGAGAGACCCAAGGAGAGAUCUGCUCCUCCUGUAGAGAAGCAAAAAACACCGGGAACGCCAGUGGAAAAGCCAGCAGACGUACCGAAGAACGUGGUUAUUCCCGAUUUCACACGGACUAGCGACGAAGAGGAAGACGAAAAUAUCGUGUUCACACAAGACUAUCUCGAAGAGAGGAAAAGGGUGUUCGAGAAGGACAUGCAAGCUCUUCGAGCGGAGCUUCCUCCGUCUCCGUUAGAAGAUCCGACUAUCAUGACGCUACUGAUGCGUAUCCAGCUGCUUGGUGCCUUAGCUCAUGCCACCGUUGAAGACACAGCACCAAUCCCUCCGCCUAUCCUGGAGGAGGAGAAAAUAAUCAGCGAUGAGAAGCCGGAUGCAAUGGAUGUCGACACCGAGCCAAAUGGAAAGGCCGAAGAUCACGAGCCACCGACCAAGGAAGUUAUGGAAUCGGUGCCUGCUGCUGAAAUACUCUCCGUGGAGACUUUGCCGUUUCUCAACACUGGCCCCCCGACUCCAUUGUCAGAUCUGGACAUCUAUCAGGAGAAUGCAGCAGCCCAUGAGCAGCUCAGGGAUAUUUUCCGCGGAGAACUCAUGAAACAACGUAAAGAGAUUGCUCAAAAGAAUGCUGGCCUACGGCUUGAUUAUCUUGCUCACUAUAAGCCCUGGAGGCUGAAUGUUUGGGAAUUGGACAAUGCAAAGGAGAAGACGUCGGUCACGCCCGGACCAACCACUCCUCCUGCUGCCCCCAUUCCUGUGACGGCUACACCUACGGUGGAAAGCGGACGAAGAUAUAAAGGCAACAGUGAGUUGGAUUUCCAGAAUGCUCUUCGCGCUUCUGAGAUUUCGGCACAAGAGGAACUCGAGAAGCGCCGUGGCAACAAAGCUACAGCUCAGCCAGAUCUAUCCCGCGAAGCCGUCAUCCCAGACAUGCUAGAACCACGCGAGGUGAAGGCACGAAUCUAUAAAGACACCAAUAACAUUAUUGAUCCUGCAAACGCCAUGGACGUAUUCGGAUUCCUGCCGCCGCCCAAUGACUUCACUAAAGAGGAACAUGUUAUCUUCACAGAUGCAUUCAUGGCACAUCCCAAGAAAUGGGGCAAGAUCGCGGAAUCAUUGCCUGGACGCGACUUUCAACAAUGCAUCAUACAUUACUAUCUCACCAAGGAAGAGAUCAAGUACAAAGCCAAGCUUAACAAGCGAUGGAGCCGUCGGGGACGAGCUAGAAGAUCUGCCCGUCCUAAGUCGAACGCGCUCAUGGCCGAUCUGGGUGUGGUCAAGCCAGACUACGAAGGGGAAGAAGAGCCCGCGCCUGUCACGGAUACCGGUCGUCCCCGACGUGCAGCUGCUCCCACGUUUGGGGACUCGUCUGCGGACACAGAUGCAAACGGUCGUCGCGGAAAUGCGUCCAAGGACGGCGAACAGGCAGAGAAACCUAGCCGGCGAGGACCUCGCAGCGGCGGCGGCACUCGUGGUGGUCGGCGAGGCAAAGCUGCGCAGCAACAACAACAGCAGCAGCAGCAGCAACAGCAACAGCAACAGCAGCAGCAGCAACAGCAAUUGCAACAGCAACAGCAGCAACAACAACAACAACAGCUGCAACAACAGCAACAACAGCAACAACAAUUGCAAUUGCAACAGUUGCAACAGCUGCAACAACAACAACAGCAAACACCGCAGCCGACGCCAUCAGAGCAAUCGGCUCGAACAACGCCGGUUCCCCCUGUUGCAAUCGCCGUUACUCCCGUACCAAAGACAGAGGUAUUUGAGCCGUCGCUUGAUGGGGCUGCUGCUGAAGUUCCGAUUGUUCGCAAGGAGACGCCGCAAGAAAAAGAGCCGAUCGAGGCACCACCGCGGGCGCGAUCAGGACGAGGACGUCAGAAAGAGGGGGUCUAUGUUUUCGAAUCGACCGAUCAGGAGGUCCCCGCCCCCGCCAGGCAGCCCGAAGCCAGCGGAUACGGAUCCUUGCAGCCCACCAGUUACUGGUCGGUGCCCGAGCAACGCGACUUUCCCUUGCUGCUGGCACAUUUCGGCCGCGAUUUUGAGGGUAUUUCCAAUUUCAUGAAGACCAAAACAACAGUCAUGGUCAAGAAUUACUUUCAGCGCCGCAUCGAUUCCGGUAACAAGGAUUUCGAAGAGAUUGUUGCCGAUGCUGAGGCGAAGAAGGCCCGCGGUGAACCCACUGGCCCCUUGCCUGUACCGAAUUUCGCCUCGAAGCGACGCUACGAGGCUACGCCGUCUGCCAUAAUUAUGCCCCGGCCUCUUGCACCCCAUACAGAUGCAGCAGUGCCUGAAGCGGACGAAGGCCGACUUGGGCCCAAAACCAAGCCAAUCGGGUCAUCUCAGCAGGUUCCUCUUCAUACUCGACCUACGCAAGAUAAGGAGCGAAAUAUCUCGCGUUACCCUCCUCUUGCACAGGCUAGUGCCGUACCGGUGCCUAUCCUUGGCGGCGAUGACGCUGCCAGAGCCAUGCGUCCUCAGGCUACAUUGCCACCACGACUCCAGGGACCUCGUCUGGGAUAUUUCGCUGACGACCGGCGUGAGAUCCCAGGCACAGUGCUUUCACACCCUCCCGCCUCUCAUGCUCAGGAAAUAACCGUCUCGUCCCGGCAAACGCCAGUAUCAGCUGCAGAAAUGGCACGUCUCGACGCGCUCCAUGCUCAGGGUUAUCGGAGUUCCAACGUCGACAUUCAUGGAUCGCCAUUGCUACCAGUACAGGCUGCGAUUCCUGCCUCGCAGCCUGCUUAUAUGCCGCCCCAGCAUCCAUCGUCUUUGAUGCCCACCGGGUCUCACUCUCGACAGCCGAGCCUUACAAAGACCCCUAGCUCACCCGCUCAGCCACUUUUGGUACACGAGUCUGAACACUCCCCCAUCCGUCGUGACUCGAUUUCGCAGAGGCCUUUCUUCACUCUGCCAGGCCAACCAGCAAGUAUCGCCCAGCCGCCCAUGCUGUCGCCACCUAAGGAGCUUCUCCGACCGGGGUCAACUCCUCUUGAACCCCCCCGAGCCGCCCCUAUUCUCAACGACGAGCCAGAAGAGCCACAGCCACGGAAACGGUUCGCCAGUGACCAGGUAUCUACACCAACAAGCAACACGGGAUCUCCGUCCCGUGCUGGGUAUGCUGCUAUGCAGUCGCUUUCCCAGCCACCUUCGAGGCCUGAGGACCCUUCCUUGUCAGCUCAACCGAAGGGUCCGGUUUAUGGCGCGCCUAGCCCAUAUCUUCCGCCAUCGCGCGGGUACGUUGAUCGCGGGUACGCUGAGUACCAGCCUUACGGCUCGGUGUCUGGAGGUGCCGCACCAGCCACUAACGAUUGGAUGGCACGGUUCGAUCCGCGUGGGCAACAGCCGCCACCACCCCCGCAGCAGCAGCAGCAACCGCAGCCGCAGCCCAGCAGCCGCACGUCUGCAUCUCUCGCUUCCCAACCCGCCUAUUCCCCCUACACGUCCCACCAGUCUUUGCCUGGUCCCUCGUUACAGAACCUCACAGCACCGUCGCCUGCGCCUACACCCUCGCCGGCUACGGCUCAGCGACCUGCUUAUCAUGGCUCAGUGUACGUCCCUUCCCCUGCGUCACAUGCCCAGGCAAGUGCGGCUGCAUCGCGCGAAAUUGCUGCGCAGAAUGCGAUGUAUCGACCGGCAGUUGGCUCUCCGACCCCCCGGAACGGCAGUCUCGCGUCGUAUGGCUCCAGACAAGGGCCGCCUACACCAAUUCAGUCGCCUGCUAAUUUACUGGGGAUGCCCUCCAGACAGCCAACUGUGGCACAGCCGGCAUAUGUGUCGGCACCAGCCACACCCGGUGGAGGCAUGUCUGCGCAACAACAUGCGAACCAUCAGACUUAUCAGCAGCACGUCCAAACCAUGGUGAAUGGAGCCCAUCAACAGGCGGCUCAUCGAUCAGCGCUGGGACUGGCUGGUGCCGUAGCGUACGGUCACAGCACCCCGCCCCCGCAGGCUCAAAUGUCUCGGGCAGCAGGCCUGCCUGGGCCAGGGCCGCAGGGGAUGGCGAUGGGUCGGUCAUACACACCCCCGGCGAUCCUGCAGCCAAACCCCACGGGAGGGCUGAGCUAUGCUCCUAGUGGGGCUGUGCACGCGAUGCAAGCACGGCCUCCAGGGCCUGGAGGUCUAGAACCAGGUCCGCAUGGGGCUCCCGGGCACCAUCGCGUGUACAGCCAGGGGUCGAACCCGGGACCACUUCCUGGACAGAUGACACCACAGCAUGCCCCUCGAUAG